GAGAAAUAGUGAAUUUAGGAUAUCAACAUAAAUGUUAAGAAGUCGUUGUUUAAUUUUAUUGAGAAAACAAUGUUUACUCGCCAAAUCACAUAACAACAGAUGCAGUUUUGUUGUAGUGCGUCGCAAUCUAUAUCAAUUACAAAGUUUUUUGCGCUUAUCAUCAGUUUUAUACCGGUUGGCAAGUACGCCUGGCGUCAGUUUCACUUCGUCAGCGAAGAUGGCUGCAGCUACGUGGUCUAUGGGUCCAGGAACGCUAGAGGUGCCGUUAUCUCUGUUUGCCAAGAACAGAAAUCGACUGGCUGAUAAACUGAAGAGUGGCCAGGUAGUUGUGCUGGAAGGUGGAGAAGAUAUCAGCCACUAUGACACCGACAUCGAAUAUGUAUUUAGACAGGAAGCUUACUUCACUUGGAUAUGUGGUGUCCGAGAGCCAGGCUGCUACUUUGCCCUGGACGUGGGUACCAGGAAAUCGUACCUCUUUGUUCCCCGCCUCCCAGAGGACUAUGAAAUCUGGAUGGGCAGACUACUAAGUUGUGAAGACUUCAAAAAACUGUAUGCAGUUGAUGAAGUACAUUAUGUAGAUGAGCUUCAAACUGUUCUCAAGAGCUUGAAGCCAGAGAAAUUAUUGACCCUGUGUGGUCCCAACACAGACAGUGGGUUGACAGCGAAAGAGGCAUCUUUUGAAGGCAUUGAUGAGUUCCAAGUGGACAACGAAACACUAUUUCCUGUCAUUGCCGAAUUGCGAGUUGUCAAGACCCCUGAGGAGAUUGAAGUACUGCGAUAUGUCUGCAAGAUAUCUUCAGAUGCACAUAAGCAGGUGAUGCUCUAUGCCAAGCCGGGCCGCAAGGAGUAUCAAUGCGAGUCAGUGUUCCUAGACCACUGCUACCGAGUGGGCGGCUGUCGUCACGUGUCUUACACCUGUAUCUGUGGUUCGGGUGACACAGGUGCAACCUUGCACUAUGGUCACGCUGGUGCACCUAAUACCAAGAUGAUUGAAGAUGGAGAUAUGUGUUUGUUCGACAUGGGCGGCAACUAUGCCGGUUAUGCUGCAGAUAUAACCUGCUCUUUUCCCGCCAACGGCAAAUUCACUGAAGACCAGAAACUCAUCUACGAAGCAGUGCUGGCUGGAAGGGAUGCUGUCAUCAGGGAAGCUAAACCAGGGGUAUUGUGGACAGACAUGCACCUCGCUGCUAAUAGAGCGAUGCUUGAACAUCUGAAGAAAGGAGGUCUGCUUAUCGGUGAAGUUAAUGAUAUGAUUGAAGCUGGCAUCCACGGCAUCCUGCAGCCGCACGGGCUGGGGCACCUGCUGGGGCUGGACGUGCACGACGUGGGCGGCUACCUGCCGCACUGCCCGCCGCGCCCCAGCGGGCCCCUCGCGAGGCUCCGCAUGGCGAGACCGCUGCUCGCUAAUAUGACGCUCACUAUCGAACCUGGGUGCUACUUUAUACCGAGGCUCUUGAACGCUGCUAAGAACAAUCCAGCGCAGGCCAAAUUCAUCAACUGGGAGAAAAUGGAAAAGUUCCGUGGCUUUGGUGGUGUCCGUAUCGAAGAUGACGUGCUUAUAACAGAAACGGGAGUUGAAAACCUCACCUUUGUGCCCAGGUCUGUGGCUGAAAUUGAAGAGCAUAUGGCAAAGGGAGCUAAUUUUGAAAAAUGCUGAACUGAUUACUGACAUAAACAGAGUUUAUUCCCAUAAUGUAGAAUAUGUAAACUAAUAUAUCUAUUUUGUAUAUAAGAAAACAAAGAUUUUUAAAUGAU